UUGAAUUAGGGUUUUUUUGUUUGGGGGGCGUAUGUAAUGCAUCAGAAGAAAUCUGAAGUACAGAUCGGAACAGAAAGCAGCGGCGUCUCUUCCGAUUUCAACCCAACCCCACCCCUCCCGCCUUCCUCCCUCACCCAGAAACACCCAUCGCCGUCGUCUUCCUCCUCCUCCCCCCCUGUCCAAAUUGAAAUCCUCAUCAACAACGGCGACAAUCAACUCGACCAAAAUGACGCUUUUGCCCUGAAGCACCCCGCCCCCUUCAAGCGUCCCCAAUUCUCCACCUCCCUCACAAAGACUCCGUCUUUAUCCAACGCCCUCCACAGAUAUGGCGUCUUCGCCGCCCAGAACCACCACCACCACCACCAGCCCGCCACCAAUUUCAACCUCCUCUACAACAGGUCCCAGAAAUUCCUGACGCAUUUCCACCACCACCUCCGCUACCUCCGCCGCCGCCUCCGCCUCCACCUCCGCCUCAUCCUCCUCCUCAGCCUCCCCUUCUUCUACUUCCUGGUCUCCCAUCCUUCCAGCUCCUUCGUUCUCGAUUUCCUCUCCGCUUUCGCCUUCUCCGCCGUGCUCCUCUUCUCCCUCAAUUUAGCCAUACCCCGCCUCCCCACCAUAAGAUUGUUCCUCGCAAGAUCCUUGCCCUUAAAGAUAACCGCAAAGGACCACGCAAACCGGCCGCACUUGCCCGUCUUCUGGUCGAUCGGGUCCCGCCAAAAGGCCGAUAAGAAAGCCAUCUCGGGGUGCUAUGUACAAGCAUACAGCAAUGGAGAUGUGUACGAGGGAGAGUUUCACAAGGGUAAAUGUAGUGGAAGCGGUGUCUAUUACUAUUACAUGAGCGGAAGGUACGAAGGGGAUUGGGUUGAUGGUAAAUACGAUGGCUAUGGAGUCGAAACGUGGGCCAGGGGUAGUCGGUAUAGAGGGCAGUAUAGGCAAGGUCUUAGGCAUGGUUUCGGUGUGUACAGGUUUUAUACGGGCGACGUGUAUGCUGGUGAAUGGUCGAGUGGGCAGAGCUACGGCUGUGGGGUUCAUACUUGUGAGGACGGGAGUAGAUAUGUCGGAGAAUUCAAGUGGGGUGUUAAGCAUGGACUUGGGCACUACCAUUUCAGGAAUGGAGAUAGAUACGCAGGGGAAUAUUUUGCUGAUAAGAUGCAUGGAUUUGGAGUGUAUUGUUUUGCAAACGGGCACCGUUAUGAAGGUGCUUGGCAUGAGGGUAGAAGACAAGGGCUUGGAAUGUACACUUUCAGAAGUGGUGAAACUCAGUCUGGACAUUGGCAAAACGGAGUUCUUGAUGUUCCCAGUACACAGAGCACUGUAUUUCCCGCUUCUCCUGUUGCGGUCAACCACUCCAAAGUGCUUAAUGUUGUCCAGGAAGCUCGAAGAGCAGCAGAGAAAGCAUACGAGGUGAGCAAAGUGGACGAGAGAGUGAACAGAGCAGUAGCUUCUGCUAACAGAGCAGCUAAUGCAGCUAGAGUAUCCGCUGUUAAAGCCGUGCAAAGGCAAAUGCACCGAAGAAGCAAUAGCGACGAGAUUCCAAUCCCCCUCGUCUAAAAACGAGACUUAUGCGGCCAUUAAUCAAAUCAAAUCGUUAGUACAUAAAGCAACUACUCUUUAAUAGAUCCUUCUAGAUGGUGGUGGCCUUCGAUUUUACUACCUUUUUUUCUUCCGGAAAAACGAAAUGUUGGUUUCGUCAUGAAAGCUGAAUUUUCGACCAGCUCGGAGGGGAGAGAGAUUUACGAGAGUGAAAUUUAUUUCCCGGGUUUUUUUUUUCUUUUUCUUUUUUGGGGGUUUAUGUAUAGUUGAAAGUAGGUAUAAAAUUUAGAGCUGGUAGUACAAAGGGAAACCCUUUGAGCUCAAUCCAGCUUCUUUGUAUGUGAAGAAAUGAGUAAUGAGAAACUAAAACAGAGAGAUAUGUUGUAAUAUUCUCAACUUACGUUGUAGUUUUGUCUAA